CGUUUGGGUCUCUCCAGUGAGAUCAUAAAGAUCACAGCAUUAAGACUAAAACAUCGGGCUUCUGGUUGCUUAUUUUGAAGCAUGCAUGUUCAAGCAGUUUGGAAAAUAUAUUAAUCAGCCAACAUCUGAAUGUAUUGACAAGUACAGCAAGUUUCCUGAAUACCGAAGCAACGUGCAUUGUAGAGCAUUUUUUGGCGAGGAUACCAUGGAGUUUCUGAUGCGGAUUACAUGUUCCAUGUUGUUUAUAUCAGGUCUUCUGGUGGGCCAGGGUGAAGCACAAAGACCACAAAUCACACUCCCUGGAACUACCACGAGGCUAACAGGGAUCUAUAUCCCCUUCAAUGAAUCUCAAUACCUCAAUGUCGACACCAAGAUGGAAGCCUUUCUAGGCAUCCCGUUUGCCGAACCACCGGUAGGAGAACUUAGAUUCAAGAAUCCUGUCAAGAAAGGUGACCUAGGUAGGACCUAUUUGGCAAUAACUGACAGACCACAGUGUCCACAGACAUCUCCGCUUGAUGAUAUACCUGGCAACCCAGGUAUUGGAAGAGACGUCGAUGAAGAUUGUUUAUAUCUUGCUGUUCACACAAGUUCUCCUCGGCCUUUUAAUGCACCUGUUGUAGUCUGGUUUCACGGCGGUGGAUAUUCCACAGGUGCCGGUUCUGCUACCCUCUAUGAACCCCUUCCAAUGAUUGCACUCGCUCCCGACAUCGUCUUUGUUACCGUCAACUACAGACUAGGCGUAUAUGGUUUUCUCACAACCGGUGACAGCGUUUCUCCGGGAAACUAUGGAAUGUUUGAUCAGGUGAUGGCUCUAGAAUGGGUUCAAGAUAAUAUUGUUGCAUUUGGUGGUAAUCCUAGUAGGGUGACGAUAAUGGGUGAAAGUGCUGGAGCAUCCAGCGUUGGACUUCAUCUGAUGUCACCAAUUAGUGUUGGGUUAUUUCAUCAAGCUAUUAUGCAGAGUGGUAAUGCAUUGUGUCCUUGGGCGGUCGAUACGGACAUCGGCCGUCAAGUUGGUUUUACCAGAGAGAUUGCAGAGCAAGUCAACUGUACUGACAUCGAGAGCGAACUGGUAAUCGAGUGUUUGAGAGACGUAGAUGAACCUGUUUUGACACAAGCUCAGGCAUCCCUGACUUUAAAGUAUCUUACCAACGAGCUGCUAUUCACCCCUGUUGUGGAUCAGGUUUUUAUCCCCGACCUGCCCGUCGAAAUCCUCAAACGUCAGGAAUUUCAGAGUGUCCCCAUGCUCACUGGGACAAACGAAGACGAAGGAACCCUGAUAGCUCUUCGUGCUUACCCUAGUUAUGUCUUGAGACAGAUUCCUCCAACGGUGACCCGAGAGGACUUCACCGAGCUCUUGCCCGACUACCUCUUUUAUUACACACCGAUGUUUGCUACAGCUGUAGAGCAGUGGUACCUUGACUGGACACAGGCCGAUGAUUCUACAUCCAAUCAAGUCAACGCGUUUAUAAACUUAAAUACGGAUCAGAUGUUUGCAUGUCCAACGGAAGCAAUGUCAAGAGCCAUGUUGGAGACAGGAGCCCCUGUCUACCGGUAUGAAAUGACACAUGACCCUACCUCGUCAAUAUUCAUAGGACUACCCGGAUGGCUAGGGGCAGGUCACGCUGAAGAAUUGCAAUACGUGUUCGCUUGGGGACUAAAUCAAGAUUUACCAGAUGUUUUACGGGAGCAGUCCGAUAAGGAGAAGUCAAUGUCUAUUCAAUUUAUGCGGUAUUGGGCCAAUUUCAUCCGAACUGGAAAUCCAAAUGGACAACAACCUUCUGGUGAAUAUCCUGAAUGGCCAAGAUACACUUUAUCAGAGCAGAAAUACAAGAAACUAUCACCUAGCAUGGAGAACGGUCGCGCUAUGAGGAUGAACAACUGUACUUUCUGGCUUCAUUAUGCCCCUGCACUAAACUCGUAUGGAGACUUUUCUGGAUUAUACAAGGAGUGGGAACAGGAGUACACACAGUGGAGAGAUGUCCAUAUGGUCCAAUGGACGGAUGCGUUUGACGAGUACAAGAGUAACGAACAAUACUUGUUGAAAAACAGCCUCGCGGCUGAAAGCAGGAAGUUUACGGUGUUCGAAAUUUCUCUCGAGUCAUCACAAAUCAGUCAUAACCUGAUAAAAGAGAUGCAUUUAGGGUAUCAUGCUGCAGUUGCGUUGCUUGUCGCGGUCGUUGGUGAACUGGUAGGGCAGUGUGACGCACAAGAAGGGCCCCAGGUCGUACUCCCUGGAACCAACAAAAUGCUGACAGGGAUCUACCUAUCCUUCAAUGAAUCUCAAUACCUCAAUGUCGAUACCAGGAUGGAAGCCUUUCUGGGCAUCCCGUUUGCUGAACCACCAGUAGGAGAACUUAGAUUCAAGAAUCCUAUCAAGAAGAGUGACCUACCAAGUACUUACCCCGCUACACAUGACCGAUCUAUGUGUCCGCAGAUCAGUCCCGUUGAUGAUAUAUCUCUUGUAGGAAGAGAUUUUGAUGAGGAUUGUCUAUAUCUCAGUGUACACACUUCGUCUCCAAGGCCUAAUAACGUGUCUGUUGUGGUCUGGUUACACGGUGGUGGAUAUUCGAUAGGUGCAGGAUCAGACACUGUCUAUGAACCCCUCUCUCUCAUCGCUUUCGCUCCCGACGUCGUCUUCGUCGGGGUCAAUUACCGUCUCGGUGUUUAUGGAUUCAUGACAUCAGGUGACAGUGUAGCCCCUGGUAACUACGGCAUGUAUGAUCAGUUAAUGGCUCUACAGUGGGUGCAUGACAACAUUGCUGCGUUCGGUGGGGAUCCAGAUAGGGUGACGAUUAUGGGGGAGAGUGCUGGAGCUGGUAGCGUUGGACUUCACCUUUUAUCUCCGUUAAGUGAGGGGCUCUUCCAUCAAGCCAUUAUGGAGAGUGGCAAUGCUCUCUGUCCUUGGGCAGUUGAUACGAAUAUAGAGCGACAGGUUGGGUUCACCCGUGAAAUAGCAACCAUAGUGAACUGUACGGAGGAGGAUUCUGAAGCCAUGAUGACAUGUCUUAGAGGAGUUGAAGAGAAAGAUCUGACAAGGGCACAGAUAAUGAUGACAGCACAGUAUCUAACAAACGCGGAACUGUUGUAUGCACCCGUUGUAGAUGGUGCUUUCCUACCGGACAUCCCGAUGGAGAUCGUUAGGAGACGUGAGUUCAGCAAGGUUCCAACUUUGAUCGGUACGAACGAAGAUGAAGGAACUUUAAUAGCGCUUAAAGUUUACCCAUCAUAUGUAGCAAGACAAAGACCACCAAAAAUGUCUCUAAGUGAAUUCAAGGAGCUCAUACCAAUUUAUCUUUUCUACAACUCGCCGAUGCUGGCUUUAGCAGUGGAACAAUGGUACGUUGACUGGACAAAGGCAGAUGACCCGUCAGAAAGCCAUCUCAGCUCAUUUGUCAAUUGGAACACAGAUCAGACAUUCGCUUGUCCAACUGAAGCUAUGGCUCGAGCGAUGGAAGAUACUGGAGUACCGGUGUACCGUUACGAGAUGACGCAUGAUCCAUCCCAGUCUAUAUUUGCUGGGAUACCAGGGUGGCUCGGUGCCGGCCAUGCCGAGGAACUGCAAUUCGUCUUUGGCUGGGCAUUCAGCCCAAAUCUUUCUAAUAUAGUAAGGGGACAGACUGAAGAGGAAAAGGAGAUGACCGUACAGUUUAUGCGCUACUGGACCAAUUUUGUUAGAACCGGUGAUCCAAACACACCGGAUUCAGAUGAAAAUUAUCCCGAAUGGCCCCGGUUUACCGUACCAGAGCUAGAAUACAAGAAAUUAUCAUUAACCAUGGAAAACGACCGAGCGAUGAGAAUGGAUACUUGUUCGUUUUGGCUUAACCACGCUCCUAGUCUCUAUAAUUAUGGAAACUCUGAUGAUCUGUAUGACGAAUGGAGACAAGAGUAUGCAGAAUGGAAGAAUGUGCAUAUGCCAGAGUGGUCAGAAGAAUUUGAAAACUACAAGGAAAACUCAGACUGCAAUUCUCCUUAAACUAUAGGGUUACACCAAACCGAAUUCUCCCGAAUAAAUUCGGACCGAUUCUGCCCGAAUGCGACCUGAUUUGGAUGGUUUCGGUGGAUUCGAACGUUCCCGAAUCCCUCCCGAGUUUUCUCGCACUCGCGGAGGGAGAACAGAAUAUUCACGAAACCACCCGAGUAAGGUGUAUUCGGAUGAAUUCGCAGCUGGUUCAAUUUCGGUGUAACCCUAGCGUUAAAUAUGACUAUCGAGAGUGAGAAUUAGACAAACGAAGAGGAGAAAAUUAAUCAUGAUUCCUGAUGUUUUGUGAUUCUGAAGAUUCUGAAAGGAAUUAUGGGAGGAAAACCAGCUACCGAUAUUUACCAAUAUUUUCCCUUUUCAAGCAUCGAAAGAUUAGUUGCGAUGCACUUAUUUUCAGAUGAGGGUGGAGGGGCUCAAAGUAUAUUUUCUUCCAUUUCAAGUUUUCCCUUCUGCGGACGUAUGGGAGGGGGGGUAGGAAGGCUAAGAAAACAAAGGGUAUCAUGAUCAACGAUGAGUUGGGGUCUUCUGUCUAAACUAAGUUGAUUUGUUUCACGAUGAAAAGGAAAGCAGAUGAAGGAAAUUAAGGGCGAUAAGUCUAACUCUGGUCACAGAUUUAAACUAAAACACCCAAUUAAAGAAUAUCUUUCAUUUAAAUGAAUAACUAGUCUUCUACUCAUGUCAAAUUAUGUCCGUUAAUAGAUCGAUAUCAUAAUUUACAAACUUGCCAGAUCUUCACUUUAUUGUAAACUCUUUAUUGCUUGUAUAUACAGUAGAUUAUAUAGAUUAUAUAUAGAUUUUAGAUGUAUACUCAAUAUUGCAGUUCUUGCUGUAGAAAUGUUAUAAAUGCUUCAUCUUAAUUCUAUG